UAUUCCUCCCUGACCAUCUUCACCGCUUUAGGCAUAGUAUUUCUUGGUAAACACUAUCCAGUGUGUCCUUUUUUAAGAUGAUUGUGUGUAAUUUGAGGAAGAUUUGGCUGCUGUUUCCUACACAUCAAGUGACCAGCCUUUGCUCGUCUUAUGAAGAAUUUCAUGGCAGGAUUGCGACUUGCAUUUAAUUUUGGUUUCUGGAACCCUUUACAAUCAGAAUGGACCUUUGCUGCUCAGUGUAUCCAACCUGAAGAAAAAGAGCGUAUUUCUCAGUUCAUGUUCCAAAAAGAUGCCAAAGCUGCAAUGGCUGGUCGUUUGUUAAUCCGUAAAUCUCUGAGUAGUUUACUGCAAGUCCCCUACUCCUCAUUGGUACUAAGCCGGACUGACAAAGGAAAGCCAUAUCUAUCAUCUGUAGGCAAUGCCCUCAGCAAAACUUCACCCCAUUUCAAUAUUGCCCACCAUGGCAAUUUCACUGUCUUAGCUACCCACUCGAAUGUUGACAUUGGGGUAGACGUCAUGAAAGUAGAACAACCAAUGGGAAGGACUGUCAAGAAAUUCUUCUUUGAUAUGAGACGACAGUUCACUGAGCUUGAAUGGAGAGUGAUCCAGUCAGCAGGAAGUGAAUUCAACCAGCUCCUCAUGUUUUACAGACAUUGGUGUUUGAAAGAAAGUAUGGUUAAAUGUCUUGGAGCUGGUAUUGGUUUCGGCCUGGACAGGUUAGAAUUUCAUGUAUCCAGUCCUCUACUGACCAGCGGCAACACUGUUACUGACACAGUUCUCUUGUUGGAUGGUAAAAUCAACAAAGAGUGGACAUUUGAAGAGACUCUACUGGAAGGUGACCACUGCAUUGCCAUAGCUUACCAAUAUCUUACACCACAGAACCAUCUUACAGCACAAGAAACCAAAACAAACCACAAUGAAAAGGAAUCACAACAAAGUCUCAUUGAAGCUUCAACUGUUAAACCAUUUAGAAUUCUUUCCUUUCAAGAACUGAUAGCCAAUGCCAUGCCACAGACACCAGCUGAUCUCGAAUACUGGCAGAACUUUGAUUCCAAACUAGAAAGACCCAAAAAACAACAGGAAUCAGUCACGUAAACUUUCAAUGUGCAAUUGCUCUGUGUGCAUCACUACAUGUGUAUGUGUGUGUGUAUAUAUAGAUAUAUAUAUAUAUAUAUAUAAUCUCCAGGAUUCGAGAGAAUCAGGUAUUUAAAUGGUGAAAGCACCAAGGUCAGGCCAGUUAUAGUACUAUCUUGUACAAACAAUGUAUAACGACAAAUACUCACUCACUAAAGUAAACAUGGAUUUGUUCUCCAGUUAUGCAAACAUUUACAAGCAGCUGUCUGAAUAUACAAUGAGUCAUCAAGGUCACACAUGGAUACACUCACUGCACCUAUUGAUCCGUCGUCUAUAAACACUAGAUCCCAACAAAUUGCAUGAUCCAAGUUAGGUGAAGGACGAACAAUAACACAUGGAUUGUGGUUCACAUCAGCUGUUUCAGGCAUGUUAUUUUAUUGAUGAAGAGAAGUGUUAUAUCUUGUGGGGUGUUUACAGGAUGUAACACUGCUAUUCAUCAAUGAAAAAAAACAUGUCUGAAACAGCUACAGCAAACCACAAUCCAUCUGUAUUCUUUUUAUCGUUUUGGAUUUACACUACCAAAAAAUAUACAUAAUCCAAAUAAGCAAACCAGGAUUUACCCAUCAGAAGAAUUACUGUGGGAUUACUUAAUGUAAGCAAUAUUUAGUGCUUCUUACUACUUGAUAUGUUUAGCCAAAACAUGGAAUAUACCUCAGAGCACUUAUGGUACCCGCCUGGAUAAUUUAUCAUUAUAUUCUCAUCAUGUGUUUGUGUGUGUGUGUGUAUAUAUAUAUAUAUAUAUAUAUAUAAGAGAAAAAUGGGAUUUAAAAAUCCUGGCAGAUAUCAAUUAAGCAAUCAGUAUAAAGGAAUAAGGUUAAAUUUCCAACAACCAGAUACCAACAAAUGUAAGUAGAAUGCAAAUCCCAAGUAAAUCUUCAUAUAUGGCAGGUUAAUCCAACAAUUCUUUUGUGGAAUUUUAAGAAAUUCAGAAUAUUUAAUAACAACAAAUAAUAUGUACACAGAAAAUCAUAUCAUAUCUGAGAUCACAUCUUUAAAAUCCAAUUGUUUCAAUUACAUUAACAUAUAAACACACACAUGUACGCACAUAUAUAUAUAUAUAUAUAUAUAUAUAUAGUUAAUAUAUACAUAUAGCAUUUAUUAACAGCUAAAAUUAUUUCAGACGUUCAGUUGGAAUUGCAGCAAUUUGGAUUACUUUGAUAAUAUUUUAUAUUUAUAUAUAUAUGUGUGUGUGUGUUGUGUAUGUUAAUGCAAGUGAAACAAUUGUUGGAUUUUUAAGCUGAUAGAUAGACAGACAUUUAUUUAUUUAUUUAAAUGACCCAACAAGGUGGGGGUACCCUUGAAAAUUGGUCUGCUCAGUUAACAUUUAUACACUCAUAUCAUCAAAUGAUUAUAAAGUUUAUUUCACAAUUAAGGUCUCAAGUUCAAUCCCACUGUGAAGCUGUAUGCAACUGAAUUUGCAGUUUGAUAAUUGUGUUUGUAUGAAACUCAAUUUUUGAGUCAUUUAUGUAGCUUCUGAGCUAUAAUUAAAUUAUAUAUUCGUGUGUGUGUGGGGGGGGGUCAACAAAAUCUCUAUAAACUAGAAAUCCUUAAACAAGUAUUAUUACCUUUACCAAGAUUCAUGCAGUAUCAAUGUGUGUGUGUGUGCACAUGGCUGACUUCUCAAUACAUUUUAUAGAUAGAUAGAUAGUGUAUCAAGAAUAAGUCAACCAUGUGGAUGAACCAUGUCUCUCCUGGUAAUCAUGAGAGGAAAAUUACAGGAACUAGGAAAGUGAAAUAAAAUUGUUGAAGUAAGGAUCAUUCAUGCAUGUCAGACUUGUCACCAGGUGCUCUACACUCCUCUGUGGUAUACAGAUACACCACACUCACCCUCUCUGUUUAUUUAUCUCUAAACAAUGUGUUUGGAACAUGAGAUUAAGAAUAAGUUGAUUUUUAUAAUUGUUUUGCAAUAAAUGUUUAUCUUUA